CCCAGGUGAUACAUUGUCCAACUCAGAAACGAAAGGAGCCGCCACCAUGGAGGUUCUCUACAAACUGGUAGUGCUCUGCGCACUGCUAUUCACCUCAACGACCCAUGCGAAAGCUGAAUCUGUUCAACCGAAUGAUAUCAGUAAUAGGCUGAGCAUACAAAAUUUACUUUUCGAUGCCAUUGUUGGAGACCUACAAAUGCCCGAAUUGGGUGCCAUUAACAGCUUGGAUCAAUGUGCGGCCAUUUACACGGUCAAAAAUGUGGAGAUAUUGAUGAAUGCGGGCAGCAAACUGCGUCAAUGCAGCAAUGUGGAUCAAGCCGACCUGCAAAGCUAUUUGCAACAGGAGAGCUCAGCAGGAGUAAAGGCUGCCUUCCAGCAGCAGAUGCUCGGCUGUAGCACGCGCAGCUGUUAUGCGGAUUCGGUCAUGAAUCUGUUUGCUGAUGUGCGUCCCAUGCAUAAACAUUUCUGGCAGACCCAACGUUGUAUUACCCACGAAAUUAAGAGAACUCUGCGUGAACUGGAAAAGUCAUCUGUUGGCCUGGAAAAUUGCAUUUCUCAGAUUUUUGGAUCCACUGGAAAUCCAAGCCCACCAAGCUGGAACUGGACAACGCCAAGCCCGCCAAGCUGGAACUGGACAACUCCAAGCCCACCAAGCUGGAACUGGACAACUCCAAGCCCACCAAGCUGGAACUGGACAACUCCAAGCCCACCAAGCUGGAACUGGACAACGCCAAGCCCACCAAGCUGGAACUGGACAACUCCAAGCCCACCAAGCUGGAACUGGACGACCACUGGCAACCCAAACUGGAACUGGACCACCACAGCACCACCAAACUGGAACUGGACAACUGCGGGCAGUCCAAGCUGGAACUGGACCACAACAGCACCACCAAACUGGAACUGGACCACCACAGCACCACCUAACUGGAACUGGACAACCACGGGCAACCCAAGCUGGAACUGGACCACUACAGAGCCACCUAGCUGGAAUUGGACCACUACAGCACCACCAAACUGGAACUGGACCACCACGGCACCACCUAACUGGAACUGGACAACUACGGGAAGCCCUAACUGGAACUGGACCACCACAGCACCACCAAACUGGAACUGGACAACCACGGGCAACCCAAACUGGAACUGGACCACUACAGAGCCACCAAGUUGGAACUGGACCACCACAGCACCACCAAACUGGAACUGGACAACCACAGGCAAUCCAAACUGGAACUGGACUACCACGGGAAACCCAAACUGGAACUGGACAACCACAGGCAAUCCGAAUUGGAACUGGACCACCACAGCACCACCAAACUGGAACUGGACAACCACAGGCAAUCCAAACUGGAACUGGACUACCACGGGAAACCCAAGCUGGAACUGGACAACCACGGGAAACCCCAACUGGAACUGGACAACUACUGGCAAUCCAAACUGGAACUGGACCACCACGGGCAACCCAAGCUGGAACUGGACUACCACGGGAAACCCAAGCUGGAACUGGACAACCACAGGCAAUCCAAACUGGAACUGGACCACCACAGCCCCACCAAACUGGAACUGGACAACCACGGGCAACCCAAGCUGGAACUGGACAACCACGGGCAACCCAAGCUGGAACUGGACCACCACAAACCCACCAAAAUGGAACACGACAACAUUGGGCCCCAAUUGGAAUAGGACGAGUCCCGUACCCGAAUGGAAUAACACUACGCCCAGCUGGAAUGUGACCACUGAGGCACCGGCUGCUACCACAACCCAAGGUUGGUGGGACAAGCUUUUGCAUGAUCUUGGAUUCUAAAUGGUGCCAUAAGAUGCCGUUGAUGUGACGGCAACACUUUUAAACUUAAAUGUUUAACAAGCUAAAUAAUAAAUUUAUCAGCAUUGAAAUGUGUUUACUCGA